AUGGAAAAUCCACCUUCAAAACUCGCCCUAUUCUCGGUUUCGCCAGAUUCACAAGUCUUAUUUCUGUAUGCGAAAAGUGGUUCACCUUUCUUAACGAAGACUGAAACAGAAGGCAGUAAAGAUAAGACUUGCUCGAUUGGAACUGCUGAUUUGCAACUGGGGAGGGCCAUCGUCAAAGCGAUAACGACGGCUGUUGAAUGUGCGAACAUGGAACCACCCCCAGUGUUCACUGAGAGUACACCUUAUUCGCUGAUAAUCAAGCGGUACUUAACGAAGGAGCUCAAUCGAUCACCUCACAUUGAAUUGCAAUAUCUCGCGCUAGCUUAUUGGAAGGAGUCUUCAGCGUGUUUGGAAAAACAGCAUGAGGAAAACGUGGGCUAUCUCUACAGGAGAAUGGUCCCUCCAUACUGGUGGAGGAAACCUCCUGCGGAAUGGUUCCAGAGUUACUUCGUUUUGAAAGGUUCGAAAAUGUAUGUUUUCACCGAUUCUACAUGUAAAGAGGGAGAGAUGGUAAUAAACCUUCGUGACUGUACGGAACUGUUGGAAAUGGACUCGAAGAAGGAUUGUCAGUGGGGAUUUGAGUUAGUGUUGCCGGAUGGCAAUCUACAAUUACAGUGUCCGAGCAAGGAUGAGAUGAACAAGUGGAUGCAACUGGUGAACGAGGCGCUAAAUGCACUGAAUGACGAUGAUGCAGUGGCAUGCAUGGUGAUCAUAACCGACACCAAUUCUUGUUGUUGCCCAAGAAGGCGAGAAAUGCUUUACGGACGGCUUCAUUCGCACUUUAGUCGUAAGUGCUUCCUUAUCAUAGCGCGACUGCUGUCAUUCCCUCUACCUGAUAUUCGAUCCGGUUGGGUGGUGCAAACAGAGACUCACAUGGUUCUGUUACUUCGCGUGGACGCCAUGUACCAAUGGUUCUUCUUCCGGUCAAAGGACGAGUUGAAUCGUAUCGUCAGAACAUUAUCCAUUUAUCCAAUCCCUUUAACGGAAGUCAAUCAGAAUAGUCAGGAAAAGGCCGUUGGUUACAUACUAAAUGAAUGUGGAAAAAUACCAGAUCUUUGGCAUAAAGCAAUAUUUGCCACGGAGGGAUUCGAGCUCGAACCGUAA